GCGGGGUGAAGGCGGGCUGUUGGGCGGUGUCACCGGAGGAGCUGCGCUCGGCCCAGCGGCUAUAAAGAAAUGGAGGCGACGGUGAGUGUCCUGGUGGCGGUAUGACCGAAGUGAAAUUGGCCGUGCUGGGUGGCAGCGGAGCCGGCAAGUCGGCGCUGGCGGUGCGGUUUCUGACGCGGCGGUUCAUCGGGGAGUACGCGUCCAACACCGAAUGCAUCUACACUAAACACUUAUGCCUGGAUGGGAGGCAGAUACACUUGGAAAUUUAUGACCCUUGUUCACAGCCACAACGGGGGAAGCUCUCCCUCACAGAUGAGCUCCACUGGGCUGAUGGAUUUAUCAUUGUUUACGACAUCAGUGACAGAGCAUCAUUUGCAUUUGCAAAAGCAUUGCUGUACAGGAUCCGAGAGUCUCACAUAGGAGCUUGUAAAAAAAUGGCUGAGUCAUCAGUAUUAUUGGUUGGUAAUAAACAAGAUUUAUGCCACAUGAGGGAAGUUGGCUGGGAUGAAGGACAGAAGCUGGCAAUAGAUAACAAGUGCCAAUUCUGUGAACUGUCUGCAGCAGAACAUUAUCAGGAAGUUGUGGCAAUGUUCACAAAAGUCCUGAGGACUAUCACAUCAAAUUUCAAAGUGAAGGAAAAGAGACGACCAAGCGGAUCAAAGUCAAUGGCCAAGUUAAUCAACAAUGUGUUUGGAAAGAGAAGGAAAUCUGUGUAAAAUUUGGGUUACUUUUGAGGUAGGAACAAGAUGAAAUAAUGGAACACAGACAGUUUUAAGAAUUCAGUUUCCUCCAAAGGUCAGUGUCUAGAGGAGUAAGACAGAAGAAACCAAAGGCAGGAUAUAGUAAAGUCAAGUGGACAUGGUCUAGACCUAGAAGACCUGACCUUCUUUUUCCAGUUCUACUACAGAUGUACUGUGUUAGGGCUUUGUCACUAAGCUGCUUCUCUCAUCCUUUAUCUUAAAUUCCUCAGAGGAGAGUUUUAGUCUGUAUUUAUUAAACACCAGCAUGGUCUUGGGUAGGACUUCUAGGUGCAACUGAAGAAUGAAAAGUUAUUUCCAAUAAACUCAGCCUUGCUGAUUAAAAUAUUACUUCAGAAUUCUGA